AUGGUCUUACGUCUUCCGGAGCGAACGGCUAGCAGCAGCGGCAGCAGCACAAUGCAGGUCGUCCCGCAGCACUACUUAUCGUUGAUGGGUUCGAGGAGAACAUCGGCUGAAGACUUCCUGUCGCUCCUACAGGACUCGGAAGAGCUGCAGGCGCGCGAGGUGCCCUCGAUGCAGGACGAAGAGCCGGAAGACAGCAGCCAAUCGCAGCCACAGCCGCAGCCGCAGCACGCUUUGCUCCCGCCACCGGGCCGCGUUCCGCAAAACGGCGGCGGCGGAAGCAGCGUUGCCGCCCACCCAACAUCGACGCCCCACCCGCCACAAGAAGCGACGCCCCCCGCAGCGGCGGCUUCGGCGCCUGCGGCCCGAGCGGCGACGACUCCCGCUGCCGGCGACAGAGCUGUGGCUUCGGAGGGAGGCGUGCCGUCGGCAGCAGGAGCAACGGCGGCAGAGGCGAGCGGCGGCGAUGGGCGGUGGACGGGCGACGUAUCAUCGUCCUUUUUCUCGGGCCCGACGCCAUUGUCCAAAGGCAGCGGCAGCGGCGGCGGGGGGGCGUCGCCGUCGGAGGCCGCACCGGCCGGCAAGGCCGGAACA